UUAGACGAGACGAAAAGUGACGCAACAUCACUUCCGCCACAUGUUUUGUGGAAAGAAGCUCGUGUGGGAAAGGAUGGAACUGUUAGGGAUGACGUUCAACAUAUUUAUGAUGAAUGUGAGACCCUAUCUCAAUCGAUAAGCACAGCUGAGGACCAGGAGAACAGGAGCGUACUUAGUAGAGCACUAAAUGUUCCUGAGUAUCCCGGUCGGGUGAGGGGUAAGGGCAUGGUUGUACUCCAACUUCCUUGUAUAAGAAUCCAAGGAGAAGAAAUCCUAGCAAUCAAGAAGUGAUGGAGACGUUGCAGGCAUUACAAGCGCAAGUUCUUCAAUUGCAAAAGGAUAAUGAGAGAUAUAGGUGUAUGGAAAAGUGCAGUUCACAGUUGAAAGAAACUAGUGAGAAAGCCAGUAUCAAUUGUCAAAAUAAAUUUCCCGAGGGCAUUUCAUCUUGUCAGCUAUACUUAUCGUCACCGACUUAUCGCCUAGUUGGCAAGGGAAAAGUGCACAACACUUCGGGAGAUUUACUUCACCAUAGACCGCUCCCGGAUGGACACCUUAAAGUAUCGGUUGAUGUUGUAUUAGAUAAGGAUGCGUUGCUACCGAUACCUGACAUUGUUUCAGAGACAACAUUGCUGCGAGAUGCAAUAGGAUCAUUUGUUGCAUGGCCCUUGGAUCUCAUUUUCAUUGAUGAUGAGACGCCUACAAAACCCGCAUCUAAGGAUAAAGGGAUUUUGCGGCACAACGAGUCUGUUGCAUCACAAAAAGAGGUAUUUGCUCAAGGGUCACAACAACUGAGCCAGAAAAUUGGUAGUCGACAGAAAAACAAAAGGGAUCUUCCAGUGACUUCUUUGCCAAAAAAAGGUGCUUUUGUGCCUCGAUACCAGAUAUCUCUUGAAACACUUGUUGACUCAUCAGAUAUGGCAACAGCUGGUGCUAUUCGCUUACUGGAUAUGGAGGAAGAUAUCUUUGGUUAUUCAUGCACUGAAACAAUCGGAAAAGAAGAUCUGGAACAUAUUUUUCGGCAUCAAGAAUUAGGCGUCGGUGUUAUACACACAUACAUCCGGUUCUUGUAUGACAAUUUCAUGCGCGGGAAUGAUCAAUUGUCAAACAGAUUCCGUUUCGUGUCUUCCUCCCUGGUCAACAAAGCAUUAAUUUGUAGGGAACCGGAUUCAUGUAGAGAGUACUUAGUCAAGAGAUUCAUGGCCAGCAGUACAAACAACUUGUAUCUUUGGCCGUAUAAUUCAGGGUGUCACUGGUUGUUGCUUGCUAUUGAUCCUUUAAAAGAAGUGGUAUAUUUUCUGAAUUCGAUAGAUGGUGAAUGGACAAAUUAUCCGGAUAUGAAGCAAUUAGUUGAUACAUCAAUAAAAGUGUUCCGAUCUCAAAGACAAGCUCGAGUACCUCGUACUAAAUCCAGCAACAUUACGUGGAUAAAAGUGCAGUGUCCUCUACAGCGCAACGGUAUCGAUUGCGGAUACUUUGUAAUGAGGUUUAUGAGGGAAAUCAUUAAUAUGAAUCAAAUAGAGAUUCCAAUCACGUUGUUGAAAGUUGAUAUUGAAACUCCAUUUUGA